AUGGUCGGCAGACUCAUAGCCAAGUUUAAUGGCUACUAUGCCGAGAGGCCAGUCCUCACGAUGAUGAUAACGAACGCGGUAUUGGGAGGAAUAGCGGACACAGUCGCCCAAUCGAUCACCGCGAUUCGAUUAUCAGCGUUGAGAAAACCCGGAGGGAUAACGAAAGACGAUACUGUUGCGAUCGAGAUCCAUGAGUUGGAUAGGAAGAAUCCUUUCAAUCAGCAAACUUUAAUACCGGAUGUAAAGGCUCUGCCACCUCCGUUCGACUUUGAGAGAUUGACGAGAUUCAUGGGAUAUGGAUUCUUGAUGGCACCUAUUCAAUUCAAGUGGUUCUCAUUCCUAUCAAGGGCUUUCCCUAUCACCAAGUCCUCUGGUCUCGGACCAGCAAUGAAGAUGGUUGCUUUUGACCAACUUAUCUUCGCACCAGUUGGAAUUGCUGUGUUCUUCACAGCUAUGACAGUGGCAGAGGGCGGUGGACGACGGGCCGUCUCACACAAGCUCCGCGACAUGUAUCUUCCUACUUUGAAGGCCAACUUCAUGGUAUGGCCUUUGGUACAAAUCAUCAACUUCCGUUUGAUGCCAAUCCAAUUCCAGCUCCCAUUUGUGAGCACAGUGGGAAUCGCAUGGACGGCAUAUCUUUCGCUCUCCAACUCUGCUGAGGAAGGAGAGGCUCGGUCAGCACCCAACUCACCUAAUAUCCGCUUGUUGUAA